CUGUGUUUAGUGCAAGCGGCGGGAUUUGACAGCUUCUGCCCAGCACUGGCAGUAAGUGGUCCCCAGAUUCUUCCUCAAUCCCAUCACAGCAACAAUGAAGAAAACUCUGAGCUCAGUUUCUUGGACAGUAUCUUUUGGAUGGCAGCUCCUAAAAAGAGAAGAACCAUUGAAGUCAAUCGUUGCAGAAGACGAAACCCAAAUAAACUGAUAAAAGUCAAGCACAACAUUGAGCCGUGUCCAGAGUGUGGCAACAUGAAACUAAAGCAUACUCUGUGUGGAUUCUGCUUUGAAAAGGUCAGGAAGGAGACGGCAAUGAUACGAAAGCAAAUCUCCAUCAUGGACGGCGGACCUCUCAAUGCUCCUGCUGUAGAGUCUGUUGUUUUGUAUGAAAAUGAAAAUCCCUCUGAAGCAGAUAAGGACAAGAGAAUAAUAGAACGCAACAGGAAACGCCCUUAUUGGUUUAACAUGUAA